AUGCCGCUCGUCAUUCUCACCGGAUAUCCCUGCUCCGGGUUGACUUACCGCGCAAAUCAACUCGCGUCGCUAAUCGACAAGGCGCAAGAUGAGCUCUUCGCAUCCGUCGAGCCAGGCUCGCCAGCCCCACUGAAAUCCCGAUACAAAGUCCACGUUGUAUCUUCUCAUGACAAAUCGCACCCAAGAACUGUCUACGAUCAUGCGAGGACGGAAAAGGAGGCGCGCGGUGUGGCAUAUGCACGGGCGAAGCGUGUGCUUGCGCGCGACAGCAUUGUCAUCUUAGAUGGGAUGAAUUACAUCAAAGGGUGGAGGUAUCAAUUGUGGUGUGAGGCGAAGGCUUCUAACACAACGUGCUGUGUGGUUCAUGUUGGAACUCCCGUCGAUCAAUGCGUCGCAAACAAUGACGCUCGACUACGCCGGCAAGAAGCCAAGCAAAUGGAUACAAACAAACCUGAGGAGGCACAAACACCUCUGACCAAAGAAACCACGCCCAAGCCAGGCGAGUCAAAAGAUGACGACGAAGAAGAAGCAUACCCGCCAGAACUCCUCAACAACCUCAUCUUCCGCUACGAGGAACCCAGCACCCACAGCCGCUGGGACAAACCCCUCUUCACAGUCCCCUGGUCCGACCCGGAGCCCCCAGUCGCGGACAUCUUCCAAGCGCUCUCAGGUAUCGUCCUCGCCUCCGACGAAACACCCGCCGAAAGCCCAGUAGCCAAGCUCACCCAGUCGCUCGCAUCAUCCACCCUCUCCGACAUCGCCAGCACAACCACCACAGGCCGAGCCUUCAACCGCGGCCAAUCCACCCGACCAAAGAUCAUACCCCACCAAGCCACCGUGCAAGCCGUGGCGACCGACUCCGGCGCACUCUACGCAAUGGAAAAGCGCACCACGGCAGUUGUAAAUGCCAUCCGCGCAUUCACGCAGGCCAAUCCAUCCGCCGAGAUAGCCCUGGCACAAAGCACACAUCAAAAGGGCAUUGCCAUCGAGAUUCCCGAUGUUUCUAUUCCAGUUAUCAUUCCCUCGCACGUUGCCACGACCGGAACGACGGAUGAACUGGCUGGUGCAGGCGGGCUUCUGGCAUUGCCGAAGCUACAGCGUAUGCGGCGGCAGUGGAUUAGUCUCAACCGGAGGUAUAUCGGUCAUGGACAUGGUACAGGGCAGGGUUCUUUGGCACCGGAGCGGGUUGGAGAUGCGUUUGUGCGGUUUUUGAACCAUGAAUUUGGAGGCGUGGAGAACACUCAUGUGUAG